CAACUUAAAAAUAUAAAAUACAAGUACACUAACAAAACAAAAAUAAAUUACCAAUAACUCUUGGCCAUUUUAACUCACCCAUUCGCUAGAGAGUAAAACAAACAGUAAGAAGAGAAGAGAAUACACGCACACACAAAGAGUCGGUAAACACUAGAAAUAAUUAAUAAUAUCAGUCAGAAAAAGAGAGUAACAGCAUACAAAAAUAAAUAAAUGAAGGCGGCAACACAAGUAUAAGGACAAAUAUCAGUCAGCUAUAUGAGAAUAACAUACUACAAAUUAUAUUUAAAAAAAAAAAAAAAAGAAAGAGGGUGACAACAAAACGUCAAAUUGACCUGUCAUUGUCAAACUAACCAAACCUAAAACAAUAUGUGAAGUGAAAUGUAAAAAUAAAAACUAACUACCGGCUUAAAAUAAAAACAAAACCGAACUAGGUCGAAAAGUACCGACUUAGCACUCACAAAAAGCGUAACACACGAAAAGGAACUAUAAAAUAAGAAGGUUAAAGCGGAAAGUAGUAAAGAAAAACAAGACAAAAUAUACAUUUAGCGACGCGCCUUCCUCAGCGUCUUCGUCUUCUUGGCAGCAUCUUGUGGAGAAAUGCUAGGCAUUGAAGGCAACGAACUUCCUCCAGCAGUCCCUGCAUCAGCACUAGCGGGAAACAAUGCUAUGAGAUCAUCUAGCUCACCCAUAUUGGAGAUCUUACGACGAGACUUAUCUGCCGCUUGGACGAUGAUCUUCCCUUCCGCGGACCAACAGCUACUUAUCCCAAAAUGUUUCCGGGCAGCAACAAAAACUUGAUGUCGCGUCUUAGUGAGAAACUCAGAUAUUGUGAUACCUGUGCCUUUAAGUAAGGUUUUGUUGUCCCAGACAACACGACGGUGCUCCAUAUCCCUGAAGCGUACCAGCACAGGCCUGGUUUUACCCUGUGAGGCACCAAGUCUGUGGCAAACCUCAAAAAUGUCCAAGCAGGCAUCAUCCACCUUCAUGCGCUUGACAACGACGUCCAGGACAGUCUCGUUGAGCUUCUCGUUGGUCUUCUCUGGAACACCGUGGAACAGCAGGAUCUUCUUACGCAUAGCAGUUUCAUGUUUGUCCAGGGCUCGGGAAAGGAGCUCAGUCUGUGCUUUCAGAAGUUUCAGUGUCUGACAAACAAAACUUUUGAACUCCAGAAAUUCCGUUGAGAGCGAAGCCAGGUCAGGAUGUUUAGGAGCACUGCCAGCAGCAACCUUCAGAAGCUUAUUUUCGUACUCCUGCAUACGGGAACUGAAGAAUUUCUCCAAAUCAACCACGCUCUGUGCAAGUUUGUUGUCCAUGCUUGUGAUGUUUAGGAAAUGUUGUGAUUAUUGCAGUAAAGUGAGCGAAGUUUAGUCCCGUUCGAGGCGGCUGUGGGUGGCGAAAUGGUGUCACGUCGUCGAAUACUUUCGCGUUCCCGCGACGAUCUCACGCAGGCGUUCGCAGCGCCCGCGGAGGAAGAGGAGGAUGUUUGGUACCAGAAGGAUAAACUUUAUAAGGAACACAUACAGGAGGUACUAGACAAAUGGACACAGAUAGACGACGAGAUCUGGGCGAAGGUGAUAGUGUUCGAGAGGAACCGACGCGUUGCCAAGGCGUAUGCGCGUGCGCCUGUCCUCACUAUCAACGGCUCCGACGACGGAUUUGACGGCAUGAGAAUUGGUCUUUGCGGAUUUGACAACCCACACAGAGAUCAGAAAACAGAAGAAGUCAGAAGACACAUAGGACAAGGUGUCAAAAUAAAAAUGGACGAUGCCGGUAACAUACUCAUCAGGCGCUACUCCAAGAGUAGUGUGGCUGUGAAGAGUACGGCUGCCACCAGCAACGAGGAGACGGCUAUCGGGCAGGACAUAGUCAAGCUACCUGGUUACUCAUUGGAACAAGAGAAAAUAUUUAAGUUAUUUGACAUGAAGAAGUUCCAGUCCAACGUGAACCGUGAGUUGCGCCGUUCGUACCCUGACCGCAGGCGGCUGGAGACGCAGUGCCUCAGCGCCAUCUCCUUCGUCAAGACUGACUCUGAUCUCCUCGACUGCCCCAUCUGGGUGCUCAUCAUCAAUGUCGUUGCUAUGGACAUGCUCAAGUCCAAACUGCCACCGGUUCAGAGAUUACUGGACAUCAAGAACCGACCUCGCAUUCCCAUCCCUGACGAGGACCCCUACAGCAUCGCCAGCUCCAACGCCAAUGGUUCAGGGUCGAGCGGCAGUUCCGGAGGCUACGGCCACAAUAAUGGACACGGCGUGGUGGCCGCUACCAGGGAACAACUGAUGAUGCAGAUGGGACAAAGAAGAGGCGAGAAGCCUCCGAAGCUACCGCCAAGGGAAAACGGAUAUGGGCCUGCUGAUAUUCCCAAGGUACGUCAAUACAAACCUGAUUACGAUGACAUAGAAGGACAUGACGGACGGAUGCCAACACAGUUCCCGAGGGGAAAAUCAGAUAAAGGCAAAGACAACAAGAAAUACGAUGAUCCCUACUACUGUGGUCUGCGAGCUCGCGUCCCGAACUUCGUGAAGACUAACGGAGCGAAAGUUCUACCUGCGAUGACUGAGCGCCUGACACUGAAGGAGGCUCCAGUGCCCAGCAAGCGUUACAGCGUGGCUCACGCCCACCCUGGUCCAUUCCCGCCACACAUGGCGCCUUUCGCUCACGCUCCCAUGCCGCCACAGGCUCUGUGGCACGCUCGUUCAUACGAGAGCGGAAUCGACGGGGAACAGCACUAUGACCCUUACGCGCUGUACGGCCGCCUGCCUAUGCCUGGCCGCGGCUUCCCCCCACCACCAGCCCCGCACGCGCGUCACAUGUUCAUUGGAGAAUGGGACUAGAGUGCGAAUCACCUGACACCUGGCAACUUGUAGACUUAAGGACACGAUACUGUCAAAUCGAUAACCGAUACAUCGAUAUUUUGGAACAUGAUUUGUCUAUUUAGAAGAUUUUAAAACUUUUUAUUGAAACGAAUCAUUCGACCAAAGAUCGAAGUCUAUUUUAAAGUGUAGAUUGAGUGAACAAAUUGUAUCGAUAUGACAGUACCUAAUAAAUUGUAAUCACUAUUUUAAAGUUGUAAAUAUUCAAAGAUUUGUAAAAUAAAAGGAAUCACAACUGUGUUUUUCGUC